UAGAAAAGGAGCGAUGAGAAAUGAAUAAAAAGAAUAAAAGAAUAAGAUAUGAACAGUGUUAAACCUGCCUUAUGAGUCCAAUUAGUCAAGCACAGAGGUGUAAAAAGAAAAAAAGAGAAGGAGAAGACAGUUUCAGAGAGGGGAGAAGGAGGGGGAGGGAGCAAUGGAUGAGUAGGAGGGCUAUUGGAGGCAGAUACAGAGAGAGGCAGGAAGCAGGACAGAGACAGACCGACAGAAAAAGAAGCACAGCAGAGAGAAGAGAGGGGGAGGCAGAGCAGCAGUGUCAGUAUCUCACACUCUCCAGGCUCUGUGGCUUCAUGCUUUCUACCAGUCAGAUUUCCAUUCUGAAAGGACUCAACAGUGUGGCGUAAGAUCCUUGAAUGAUGGACGACUAAAGGUAAACCUCAGCCACUCAGGCUUAUCACCUGUGGGCACUGCACUACCUUUGGGGAUUGAGAUUACAAAGCCUACAGGGAAGGAAAGAACUCCGACAACCCAAGGAUCACUGAGGAAUGGUCUUUGUCUAGAGAAUCAAUGAUGGAAUGUAAUGGAGGAGGACCACAAGAGAAGGAUAUGACAAUGACGAUGACAAAGGGACAUGACAUUUCCUGCUGGCUGUAAAGGAUCCUGUGAGGGAUAAUUCUUUCUGGAUGAUCUUGAAGGACUCUAUCAUGACCUACAUCCUAGUCUCUGACCUUUGGUGCGACUCUGCCCGCUCACCUUGGACCACAAGGAUGUGAAGGGUUUAAUUGGGUCAAUUACUGAGGAACAACCAUACAAGCUUGUUUUCUCUCUCUCUGGGAACCUUACCUCCAUUCUGUCACCUCUACUUUCUACCUUCACAGUUUUUUGGAAUAUGAAAUCACAAACCUGACGUGGUCUGACAUAAGGUGCUUUGGACCAUAUCGGGAUGUGCGCCAUCUCCAGAGAGAUAAAGAGAAGAGUGUGAAGAAUGUACAACACCUGAAAAGAGUAGUGGAGAGAGGAGAAUUGUUGUGGCUCUGCCAUCAUUUUUAGGCGGGGAUGACACUGGAGGCAACGGUUCAAGCACAACAAUGACGAGACAGAGCUUUGUAUGAAAGAAAGCAUUGAUCUUAGUGCACCGCACUGAUGUUGCAAACCACAUGCCCCCCAACGAGGGGCGGGCCUGUGUUUCUUUCUGUGUUUCACAAACAGACUUUUCCCCUCGCCUGAGUGGAGCCAGUAUCCCCAAAGCUAAUGCUCACGGAGGACUUUUCAUUGUCUAUCAAAUCUCAAUAUGUUAACAGAAAGAAUGGUGGAAAUCAAAUUGAACUGAAGAUUGAUUUUGGUCAAGUCAAAACAUGGUGGGAUGAUUUGACGUGCUCCAGCAAGUUCCUUGUCGCCACUACGAUAGCUGCUGAGCUGGAGAGGACAUUGCUGGGAGGGAGUGGCAUCUUCCUCCUAUCAGGAUAAUGCACACAUCUCCCAUGCUGAUCUCUGCAGCCACCAUGAGCAACAUGACGGUGCUUGACACUCCUGACCCUUAUGACCUUGACAUGACCUCCUCCGAGGCCAUUUAUCCCAUCAGCUUCCAGGUAUCUCUGACAGGCUUCCUGCUUUUGGAGAUAGUUUUGGGUCUGAGCUCAAACCUCACGGUGCUAGUCCUCUACUGUAUGAAACAGAACCUCAUAAGCUCCGUUUCCAACAUCAUCACCAUGAACCUGCACGUGGUGGAUGUGUUGGUAUGUGUAUGCUGCAUCCCGCUGACAGCUGUGGUGGUGCUACUUCCUCUGGAGGCAGACACAGCCAUGAUAUGCUGUUUCCAUGAGGCCUGCGUCUCUUUUGCAAGCGUAGCUACUGCUGCUAACGUCCUGGCCAUCACGGUGGACCGCUAUGACAUCUCGGUGCGGCCAGCAAACCGUGUGCUUACAAUGGGCCGAGCUGUGGCACUACUGGGAUCUAUUUGGGCUUUAUCCUUUUUCAGUUUUCUUGUUCCCUUCAUGGAAGUAGGCUUCUUUAUCAACUCUGGUUCAGACCUUGUGAACCAGACUGCAGUCAUCACAGUGGCUCAUACAAAUGAGUACUACACAGAGCUGGGUUUGUACUAUCACCUGCUAGCACAAAUCCCUAUAUUCUUUUUCACAGCUGUGGUAAUGCUGGUGACUUACUACAAGAUCCUUCAGGCACUUAAUAUUCGCAUUGGUACACGCUUUCAGCAUAACUUACCUAAAAAGAAACAAAAGAGUAAAAACACUAUCUCUUUGAGCACCACAACACAAGCAGAGUCAACUGACGCUUCACAGAGCAGUACAGGAGUUAGGGCAGGUGGAAAUGCACCUCUGGGCAUGCGGGCUUCAGUGUCCGUAAUUAUUGCUCUAAGAAGAGCAGUAAAGCGUCAUCGGGAAAGAAGGGAGAGACAGAAACGAGUCUUCAGGAUGUCUCUUCUCAUCAUUUCCACAUUCCUACUUUGCUGGACUCCAAUAACUGUGCUCAACACCAUCAUCCUCAGCACUGGGCCCAAUGAUUUGACCGUCCGACUCCGCUUGGGCUUUCUGGUGAUGGCCUAUGGGACCACCAUCUUUCAUCCACUUCUCUACGCCUUCACUCGGCAGAAGUUCCAAAAGGUACUGAAGAGCAAGAUGAAGAAGAGGGUGGUGUCUGUAGUUGAAGCUGAUCCUACACCAAACAAUGUGGUCAUCCAUAACUCGUGGAUUGACCCCAGGAGAAACAAGAAGGUCACCUUCGAGGAUACGGAAGCCAGACAAAAAUGUCUAUGCUCACAGGAUGUGGAGUAAUGAGAUUAACUCAAAUGUAAAUAUGUGAAAUACACAGUGUAAAUGGGAAUUGGUUACUUUCAUAAGAGAAAGUAACAGACUGUAGCAGUAAAAUUGAAAAAAAAAAAAAGGGGGGGGGGGGGCUUCAAGGGAGACAAUAGAAUAUUGUUUAUGUGAGUAGAGAGGUGCAAAGUAUUUGAAAAAGAAACAUGGUAGAAAGUCUGAGUCUAAACAAGCUAAAACGUGGUGUGCUCAUAAUGGAGUACACCCAUUUUGGGCAGCUUACUAAAUGAAUACUAAAAUUAUGACAACAUAAUAGAAGAUAUGUUCCCAGAGGAAUAAACAGAUAAAGGCAAGGGAUUUCCUGAAUGUGUAAGAAGGGAAACUACCAGCAGCUGAACGUAUGUGGGUUCAAGGACAGCAUUUAUAGUUGAUUUUUUUUUCUUCAGUGCAAAAAUGUCUCAAAAUGGGGUAUCAUGGGAAUAUGAAGAGGGUAAUUUAUUGCUAUUUAUUGUGGAAUGUUGUGGCGUGCUAUCAAGGACAAUUCAGUCAUAACUGUAUCUAAACAGCAGUGUGUGUUGUUCUCUGGUCGGCAUAAUAUGAAACAAAUGCCUAUGUACAGUCAUAGAAUACCUUGAUAUUGUUUGUCACCAUUUGUAAUAAACAACGAAAGGUACAAUAUGUGUCAGUAUCCCUCUACUCUCCUGCUUCUUCAUAUGGAACUGGAUGCAGGGACAGAACACAGCUACACCACAGCUUCCACCACUACACCUUAUGCUAUUUUUAAGUGAACUGCUAUGUAGAGGUCAUUCUGAUAUGGACAAAUAAGAGUAUGGACAAGGGGACUAGUGUUUACAGAAAAAGGGGCUGGUUUAUGGACUCUCAGAACUUGAUGUGAUGUCUGAAUAUAUCUAACAUCAAAUUUGCUUAUAGUCCAAGACAGCCACACUGGAAAGUGGAGUAGAAAGCUAGUUGUGAUAGAGGGGAGACAUGCAAUGGGAAUAAUGGCACACACAGGCAGUAUUUCCUUUUAGAUGUAAAUGGUAAAUGGACUGUAUUUAUAUAGCGCUUUUCUAGUCGUAUUAACCACUCAAAGCGCUUCACACUACAUGUCACAUUGACCGUGUUAACCAUCUUUGUUUACCAUGUUAGUACAAGAGAUAUGUGUAAUGAAAAAGAACCAGUAACAUUAUGAGUCUGACUGAUAAGGGUAUGGAAAAGAUAAAUAUAAUGAAUAAAAUCUUAAUGAUACCCAUCCCUAAAGCUGGUUAGUGGCUUUACCAUGAUUUUUUGGGAGGAUGAGUAA